GUCAGCAGUACAACUUCGCCCUCGGACCUUGGGUUUUCUACUUUUAGUCUUACCGUUCUUUAACCGAUCUGCCUGACAUCGUAGGACCUUGAGGAACGACUGUUCCAACCACCCUAGCCCGAUUGGCAUACCCGACCACCACGUCAUGGUAACAGCGACGAACAAAAAUUAUCGCUAGAGUUUUGACAGUUAUUUCUUCCAGAGCCCCAUAGUUUGAGAAUGGAUUUCAUCAGGACCACUGGAAUUAUCUGGUUUGAGAUGUUGGAGUAGUCGUAGGACAACGUCAUUCUUAAUAAGUAUAGGGUCCAUUUAAAUUACGACAUUAUUUGGACUAAUGACUUUCCUUUCACCCUCAUCUGGAUUUGAAUAAUUGAUGUAUUAAAACAUGGUUAGUCAGUCAUAAGGAGCUUGUUAAUAACUGCUUCAGAAAAUAAACAUCUAACAGGUUUAUGCUUAUUCAGAUAGUAAAAAAGUAUUUCAGUUCAAACUUCAUCGAAUACAUAAAAUGGAAUUGAAGUAUCGUUCAUUUCUCACUUUUCUGAUGUAAAGAUGGAAUUUAGGCUGAUACACAUUAUUCCCAGGUUCUGUGUAGCAUAUAUCUGUAUGUCGUAGUUUACAUCAAUUAAAGCUGUCUGGCUAUCAUCAACUCGAUGGCGUUCGAUUAAGCUGAUGGUUGGUUUGUAUUUACUUCUGCUAAACCAUAUUUAAUGCAACUAAACUGGCAGAUUCUUCCAGAAUUCCUACUGGUAUGUAGAAUAAUUUUAUUGACUUACUGAAGAGUCCAUCCUAUGAGAUCAAAGUAUUCUAUUGCACCAGCUGAUACGUGAAAAAGUAGUGUAUAUCUCCUCAAAAUUAUGAUUUUUUCACAUAUGCUCGUUUAUUUUGUAUGAUGUAGACUGCAAAUAUUUUACUUGGGUGCUUUUCUUUUUUAGGUUGUAGUAUGAUUUGUAAAAACCAUCUUUGGUUAUGAUUCGACGCAUUAUCGAUUCAGUUUCUUUACUUGUUGAUUCGGAGCCUCAAAAUAAUAUGGAACUACUUACAAAUAAGGAUUACAGCGUAGACGCUUCUAUGGACGAUGACUCUGAUAACGUUAACAAAGAUCUCUCUAAUGAUCUGUCAAAUAUGAGUUCUUCAUUCACUGGGCGAUUGGAAUCAUAUUUAUCCAAUGGUUGCAUUAAUGAAUGCUCUUCCAGUUCAAUCACUCUGUCAAAUUCUCAUUCUUGUUAUGUCGCUAGUGAAGACAACGCAUGCUCUCUAUCCAAUACUCCCAAAAAUGAAGCGACGGUAACUCUACCUGCUCGUUCUGUAAGAAAUCAAUCACAGUCUCCUGGUAUGGUAGAUUUAAGUUCCAUUCCUCUUCGUUCACUUCCAGGAGGACCAAGUUUGCAACAUCCGAGAGAUAGACUUAAGUUGAACACUCGAAAAAAAGAAACUUAUAGGUGUCAAAAUAAUAUUAAGUCCUGUUUAACUGCUCCAGUUUGUCGAAAAAUAGGGCAAGAUAAUGGUGAUUUCAAAAUAGAUGGAUGUUUUUCGCAAGCCGAUCCACUAGUAAUGGAACUUGAGUGUUAUAUUCUACCAUUCUAUCGAAAUUUGACAGAAUGUGAACUAAAACUACCUACUAAGUUCGCAACAAAGACUUAUCGCGGUAUACUGAAACAACUUGCAGCUGAAUAUGAACUUCUGAUACUGUCUGUUGGGAAAGAUAGAUUACAUGAUGAAUGUUUAGUUAUUCGUAAACGUGGCACUUUACAGCAGAAACAAGAGUUAGAACUAGAAGAACGCAGAGAGAAACAACGUCAAAAACAAUUGAGAGAAAAGGAAGAGGCCAAAGAAACGACAGAUAAGAAGGAAGAAAUUAAAAUUGAAAAACUACAAACCGGUAAUGGAAACUUGAAUGGACAUCAAGAAAUGUGUUGUCAGGCUAGUUUUGAUGAGCAAGGUCGUGAGAUUGGUCGAAAACGUGCUAAACGUAUACGUAAAGAAAGAGAACGUAGAAAACAAGCUGAACGAAAUAAAAAAAUCCAUAAAAUUGAUUGUUCAAUUCAAACUAUACCAGAAGAUUAUUGGUAUUGUUCUUGGUGUAAUGAACAUAUUCCACCAAUAAGUCAAUGUGGACAUGAAGCAAUUUGUCGUGCUGGUGUUCAACAAAAACAAAUAGAAACUGAACUUAAAACUCGAUUAAAACAACACCAAUUACAUAUUGAAGCUAAAAAACGUCUACGUUUAGGUCUACCACCAUUGAAGAAUGAACAACAACAAUAUAACAACAAUAAGAAGAAGAAUCAAUUAAUAUUUCAUUCACGUAGUCAAAGUCGUAAUCGUCGUGAUACAAAAUCAGAGAAGUUAAAUUCAACUAAACAAGAGGAAAAGUUAACACUAGAUAUCAAUAAUCCAACGAUAAAAGCAAAAACUGCAUCAGCUAAACUCGGUGAAGUCCAUCCAAAUGAUGUAGAAGCAAUGAUAAAACUUAUGCAACGUUUAUGCACAGAGUCUAAAUGUAAAUUAUUAGCUGAUAGUGAUGGCCUAUCUUUAUCAAAUAGUAAAUGUCCAAAAUGUAAACGUGCUUAUUGCCUUGUACAUCGUCCAAUUGGAAAACACACUGCUUGUCCGUUGAACUCAGAACCAACUACCGAAGAAGGUGGUGGUGGUGCUACAUCUAUAGCUUGUGGUUGGGAUCCAGAUGAAAAAAAGGAAGCAUUAAAACUUGCUUUACGUUCACGUAAAGCAAAACUAAGAGAGUUACGUGAACGAUGCUGAAGAACUAAGUUUUUAAAAAUGAUAUUUUUUUAAAGGCUGUGAUUUAGUAAAACCUGUUUUAUUAUUAUAUUUUCUUAUUCAAUAUAUU